UUUAUAAAUCAAUAAUGAUCAACUUUCAUCAGUUCAGCAGGUAACUUAUGUUUUCCGCUUCCGUAAAUACAACUGGAAGGUAUACACAAUAGUCUUAUAAUAUAGCAUAUUCCCAUGACGAUUGAAUGCCUCUUUUUCUUCUUUCUAUUUUUACAUAUAACCUAUAAGUUUAUAUGAAGGAGGCUCCUUGGUCCAAGUUAAUAGUUUACAUAUGUAAUCAUUGUCAUGCCUUCCGAUACUCGGACACAAUUAUUACAGCUUCUGGUUGACUUGUGAGAAAAGGUUAUAAAUAAUUGAUUUCAAAACGAGUGUUUAUCUAAUAUAGAGAUUGAAAACAAAGGCUAAUCAUCGAUUAUAUAGAUUUGUAUAAAAAUUUGUAACAAAAUAGUUAACUGUAAAUGUUUUGGAAGUGCCUAAGUUAGACAUGUAAUUAUUUUUUAAAAAAACAAUGCACAAAUCUUUUCGUGACAUAUAUGUUUCAGCCGAGGUCAGAAGGAUACAUAUGAUGAAGAAAAAGCCAGCUAAAGGUCUUCAGGCUCUUGCCUCAGGAACCCUUGCCUUAGCAAGAUGUCAUACUGUUUUAGAUAAAACAGAACAACAAUUGGAGCAUGCAAUCGAGAGAGAAAAUAGGGCUCCGAAAACAAUGAUCGAAAGAGCACAAAUGAAAGGAGAAAAGUUAAUUCACACUAAACCCGUCUUGUUGUGUGUUGUUAUGCUGAAUAUAAUCGACUGUAUCCUUGUUCUUGGAGAACUGGUACUUGACAUGUACUACAUCAAAGCUCUGAUGGAGUCACAUGAAGACGUAACUCACACUUUCAUCACAGAAAUGAAAAUUCUGUACCCUAAUGUGCUUUAUAACAUAGGAAAAUCCGAUAUUGAACCACUGUAUGACAAUAUUUUACAUGCUCAAAUAGACUGGGACAAUUUUACGAUGGCUCACAGCAAGUCGUUACAAGAUAAAUUGUCUGCGAAAAAUAUAACAAAAUUGUCUCUUCAACAUAGUAUUGUGAAGAGAGAAGCAGAAUUACCGUCACACAUUGACAAGUUUAUAAAUGACAGAAUAAACCAUACACAUUUCCACAAUAAUCGUCAUGUAGAGGAUCAUCCUAUAGAGGAAGUCCUAGCACAUGCUUUCCACAAAGCCAGCAUUUCAAUUCUUUGUAUUUUAGCCGCAGAGAAUCUGUUUAAGAUAUUUUCUUAUGGGAAAGCAUUCUUCGAAAGAAAAUUAGAAAUGUUUGAUUGUAUGGUUGUAUUUUGCUCUUUGUUUGUUGAUGUCUACUUUUUGAAAGGAAUAAGCGCUUUUAAAAUCCAAGACUUCGUAAUCAUAUUGGCUUUCCUGAUGCCAUGGAGAGUUAUCCGAGUUGUCAACAGUCUAGUUGUAUCAGUUAUAGAACAUGAACACUUCAGAAUGAAACUUCUCUACAAACAAAAGAAAAAUAUUGCUAAUGACCUUAAGAAAGUUAAAUCAGAAGCCAAAGUCCUACGGCAAUGUUUGGAUGUUGUACAGAAGAUGGCCAUAGACGGAGGAAUUCCAGAACCGAAAAUAUCUCAACAUUUAGCCUUGCUUCAACAGAAACAGAACAAGAAAAACAAAAUUUUUGAAGAAAACAUUAAACAGAGUUUACCAUUGUCUCCGUUCAAGAAAUCUUCGGAAAGUUCAUCGUCGGAACCAUUGUCCGUAGAAAAUGGAUCAUCUUGUCGGACUGUACAUAAUUACACAGAUGAAGACAAUAAUACAAUAUCUAAUGUGGGUGGCACAGACAACAAUAUGGUUUAGUCAACUACUGUUUUUUAUAAAGCGAGUAUUGUAUUGAAGUAAAGCAAGAGAAAAUAUUGUAAGAAAUGUCAAAAUGGCAUUGUGCUAUUUUGCAAGAGCAAUUAUAAAUAGAAUGUCUUCCGCUUAGGAAAUUGAGUCAUCAUGAGAAUAUCCGAGGUAAAGCUUUUCCAUGACAACGAAGUCUUGAGAAAACUAUAUGAAUAAAGUUGUUGUUAUGAAAACUUUAAAUGGAGGUGUUUUCUACUUAACAUAUUAUAUUACAUGUAGAUUAACUGCACAAUAAGUAGUAAACUUUUUUAUAUAACAGAGCCUAACUUUUAAGGUUGAAUUUAUUCAUUUUUAUAUCAUUUUUUAUAUCAUUUUUUGUAUCAUAUCACAUGUUGUAUUGAGUUUUAUAUUUUAUAUUAAAACAUCCAUUUACAGCUUG